GGCUUAUAUCUUCCUAAAAUUUAGAAUACCCUUAACAACGAUCCAUCUCGAUUUCCACCCAAAAUAUCAGAACCCCACUGCUUCAAUAUGGCGUCAAAAUCACUCUCAUUCUCAAACCUGGAGCCGGAAGCGCAACAAGAGGAAGAGGAGGGGCAACAACCAAAAACUCCUCGGAAGGUGGACCCACCUUCGCCAAAGAUCCUCAAGAAGAAAAAGCCUGUGCCAAUUCCAGAGCCAAAAGCGCAACAAGAGAAAGAGGAGGAGGAACAUCCAAAAAUUCCUCGGAAGGUGGACCCACCUUCACCAAAGAUCCUCAAGAAGAAAAAGCCCGCGCCAAUUCCAGAACCAGAGCCAGAACCAGCAACACAACCCGAACCACCCCCCAAAACACCCUCCACGCGAGAAAAGCUCCUCUCCGAGCUCUCAGACCACCUGAAACGCGCUGAGCAAGCCGCCGCUCUUGCCUCCGCCUCUCGAGAGUUCGCCCAAUCCACUCAAGAUGAGGAAGAAUCCGCCCACGCUCUCGAAGAAGCGCAAAAGCAAGAAAAGAUUGCCGAGAAGGAGAUGAAGAUUGCGAAUCGGUUGCAGAGUGGGGUUUGGCAGGGAGGAGCGGCCGGCGCGGGGAUGGGCGCCGGUGUUGGUGCUGGACUCGGGACGCUGGUCGGGAGUGUGGUCGGUGGUGUCGUGGCGAUUCCGACGACGGGGUUGGGGCUGCUGGGGGGUGUGGCUGCGGGGGCGGUGCAUGGGCCAUGGGUCAAGAUGCCUGGGGUGGGGAAGAAAGAUGGGGAAGAGGUGGAGACUGAGGAGACGGUUGUAGAGGAGGGGGGCCGGAACGGGAAGGGAUGAUGGGUUGUGUAGGUGAUCUGGAAUUGUUUUGAAUGCAUUUUGAUUUCUUGCCCUCUUUUGAAGCUUGCUCAGAGUUGAAAUUAAACUUUAAUUCAUCCAGAUACAGGAGGGGGGUGUCUGAAGUCAAUCCCUUUCCGAAGUUUAGUGAAAUAGGGAAUUGUCGGAUGAGCUGAAAUAAGCGAGCGGAGAAGAGGGAAGGGGAAAAUGGGAAGUGUUAGUAGGACGCCUUGUGAAGUUAUGCGCGAGAAUUAUAAAGCUUACCGAAAGACAACUAUUGCUAUUGUAAAUGACAAAACAAAUGGACUAGGGGGGGUAGCAUAGCUAAAUUGCAUAGUAUCUUGUGAACUAGCACAUUAUCAUGAGUAUAUGAAGUGAGGAUAUCUAGGUUCAUCAGACAUUAUUCAUGCCAGUCUCCAGCAGCAGUCAAUAAUCAGAGACAAAAGAGAA